UAGACAUCAAAGCGCAAAUUACGUUGUAUGCGCUUCAGUCACCUGAAGCUGUUUAGUAGUGGUUUUCCGACCUUAUCGUCAACAUUACCUUUCGUACGAAAGAUGGCCACGAAAAUUGGUUUAAUCCAAAUGCAGUCGACGUCAAAUAAGUUACAGAAUUUUGAGCAAGCCGCUAAGUAUAUCAGUGAGGCUAAAACAUCUGGUGUCAAGAUGGUUUUCUUGCCCGAGUGUUUUGACUUCGUUGGAAGCUCCGUUAACGAGACGCUCAGUUUAUCAGAAGUGUUGGACGGACCAUUGAUAACAAAUUACCGCUCUUUAGCUACUCGAGAGUGUCUUUGGAUUAGCUUAGGUGGUGCACACAUUAAGACUGGUGAACAUGACGAUGAUCUUCAUAAUGCUCAUAUAAUUAUCAAUUCAGAUGGUCAAAUAGUAGGCGAAUACCAUAAAGUUCACUUGUUCGAUGCCAAUUUAAACGCUGAUGUUGUUUCCUCAACUAUGAAGACGUCAUCGUCUACUCAAUCAUUAUUUUCUGAGUCAAAAUCGAUGCGUGCCGGUAAAAAUACUCCCGUUGUCGUUGAAAAUACACCUGUCGGAAAUCUGGGAUUGGCAAUUUGUUAUGAUAUGAGAUUCCCUGAGCUAGCAGGACAUCUUCGUUAUGCUAAAAAUGCACAUGUAUUAACCUAUCCAUCUGCAUAUACAAUGUGUGCAGGUGAAGCAGGUCAUUGGCAUACAUUACUUCGAGCUAGAGCUAUUGAAAAUCAAUGUUAUGUGGUUGCUGCAGCUCAGGAAGGAAGCCACAAUGUUAAACGAUCCUCUUAUGGUCAUAGUUUAGUUAUUGAUCCAUGGGGUCAAAUAAUCGCUGAACAACAGAAUCCUGGUCCAGGUCUAUUAAUCUGUGAGAUAGGUCCUUUCACAAUGCCAGAUAAUAAUGAUUCAACAAAAGUAAUGCCUAGUAUGCCUAAAAUUUAUCGUGUACGCAAAUCAAUGCCAGUGGAGUAUCAUCGACGACUUGAUUUAUUCCCAAUGUCUGAUAGUGGUUAUCCUCGUCCUAUUAAAACGUCAGAUUUUACUUUUGGUCCACAUAUAAUCAAGUCUGAUUGUGUUUUUUAUCAGUCAGCGUUGAGUUUCGCCUUUGUGAAUAUUAGUCCAUUAGUACCUGGACAUAUACUUGUCUCACCGAUAGCUUGUAUUCAACGAUUUUGUGAUUUAACUACUGGACAAGUUGCUGAUCUUUAUAUAACUGUACGACAAAUUGCUAAACGUCUAGCUGAGCAUUAUUCAGCAACUAGUUUAACAAUAUCGAUUCAGGAUGGAAAAGAUGCGGGUCAAAGUGUACCGCAUGUUCAUGUUCAUGUGUUGCCUAGGAAACCAAAUGAUUUUCCGGAAAAUGAUGAUAUUUAUAAAGCAUUACAAAAACAUGAUAAAGUGAAGAAUCGUGUCUAUCGUUCACAUGAAGUAAUGAGUCAAGAGGCUAAAGAAUUACGUCAACUCUAUUAUCCUUAUGAAAGAGCAGAAUAAAUUAUCAUUUUACAUUAGAAGAAUAAUAAUAUUGCUACGUACUAUACUACUUAUGUAUUGUUAUGUACUACUUAUAUACUAACUGCCUACCUACCUACCUACCUAUCUAAGUCAGUCAUUCAGUAUUUUUAUUGUUCUUUUUUUGUUUUUAUUCUCUUUUAGUUUAUUGAUUGGUUAGUUGCGUAAUUAUCUUCUGUUUUUCUGUUGUCGUUAUUGUUGUUAUUGCUUGACUCCUGUGGUUACUGUUUUUAUUUUGUAUUCUUCUGAAUUUAGUUCACUGUAUCAUUUUUAUGAAUUGGAAAUGCCUUGUACUUCCCUCAUCUACCCGCCCUUCCCCCAUUAUUCCUGCUUCUUCUUCUCUCCUCUUUCUACCAUUUGUUUUCUCAACAGAUUCCAGUUUCUGGAAGUUACAUUAGAUUACUUCUUAUUCAUACUGAAGUGUAGUAGCAGUUCAUUGAAACAAGUGAAAAUAUUAAAUACCGGUCAUCUUUACCCUCGAUUAAUUUUGUUAUAAUUAUUUUUAUUGCUUUGGGUUCUGAGUGGAACACGGAGGAAUUUCAACAAC